CUUUCUCCAAACUAUAGAUUGCAUUCCCUUCCGCUCUUGACACUCUCGCCAGGCUUCAUCAUAAUGAACAUCAGCCCACAGGCGCUCCUCACGACGAUCACAGAUGCCGUCAGCCAGCUGACUGGCCUUUGUCUGCCCAACCCCACACUCUACAUCAACAGGAGGUCAUUCAAAGUCAUCAAGCUGCUUGGGGAAGGUGGUUUCAGCUUUGUAUAUCUCGUGCAGGAUGUGGCAACAGGGCGACACUAUGCGCUGAAAAAGAUUCGCUGUCCUUUCGGAAGUGAGGGUGUGCAGGAUGCAAUGAAGGAGGCCGAAAUGUAUAGGACGUUCCAUCAUGAAAACUUGAUCAAGGUCGUGGAUACAUGCGUCGUAUCGGAUAAGGAUGGAAGCAAGAUCGUCUAUAUAUUCCUGCCUUACUACAAGCGUGGAAAUCUUUUGGAUGCCAUCUCUGCCAACCUGCUCCACCACACUCACUUUUCAGAGCCGGACAUGCUGCGAUUUUUUAAAGGGGUCUGUUAUGGCGUCAGGGCGUUGCACUGUCAUCGACUGCCCAAUGUGCCUAUCAGCUCGCGAGAGGAAGAUGAUGCCUCUACCAGUGGUAUCGAGGCCUGGGAUUCACGCGACAGUCGGACGGGUAUGAGGCGGCAGGGCUCGUCCGUGUCUUUUACAGGAUCAGAGCACGGCACCGGAAUGACGGAUAUGGGUCGCCAUGUCGAGAACAAUAACAACAACAACAACGACAACGGCCAUGGCGGAGCCAACGGACUAGGGCCAGCAGAGGACAAUGAUGAUGUAGUUGUGCCAUUUUCACAUCGUGAUAUCAAGCCUGCCAAUGUCAUGAUUGCUGAUGACGGACAGACACCGGUGUUGAUGGAUUUCGGAUCAAUGGCGAGGGCCCGGGUCAAGAUCCAAACACGACAACAGGCGUUGCAGGAGCAGGAUUUGGCAGCAGAGCAAUGUUCGAUGCCUUAUAGGGCGCCGGAGCUGUUUGAUGUGAAGACCGGAGCAACUCUUGAUGAGAAGGUCGACAUCUGGUCACUCGGAUGUACUUUGUAUGCAAUGGCAUAUGGUACCUCACCUUUCGAGACGAAUCAAAUCAACCAGGGAGGGUCAAUAGCGCUUGCAGUUUUGAACGGAAAUAUCCGCUUUCCGACGGUGGAUCAGGCGGAUCGGUACUCUUCAGAGUUCAGGGCGUUGGUCAAGGCCAUGUUGGUAGUCGAGCCUGCCAUGCGCUUGGAUAUUCACCAGGUCAUUGAGCAGGUCGAUCAGCUUCUCGCGCGGCCGUUGUAAUUUAACCAAGAAAAUAAAAAGGUCGACAUGUUUAUUUUU